GGGGAGGGAGAGAGGGGUGGUGCGCAGCACAACAGUUCUCUCCAACACGGAGUCCACAAUUCAUCGUUUUUAACAAAAGGAAGACUUUGGGUUUAAAUUGGGGAUUUCAAUCGGGUGAGUUCUGUUGGUGUAUGUUCGCGGCGUAGCCUAUACUCCACUGCAUUUUAAAAGUGUAUAAUUAGACGGCCUAGAGGUCAUUCAAACCCUUGCUAUGCUCGGUAAAUCCGCUAGCGAGCGGUUAUGGCGCAUGGGAAGUCCAGGGUUACCGGUUGAUGGGCACAAUAUUUGCCAUAUCUGAUUAUUAUAUUUCUUAAAACUAACAUACGCUACUGCUUCUUUAAAUGAAUACUUGAGUAGCCUACCAUUCACAUUCUAUUCCAUAUUCUGAGCCAUAGGCCUAUCCAAGCCUUUACGCAUAAGAUGCUUAGCCGUUCCACUGGUCCAAAGUUGGCGACACUUCUUUAAUUGGAUUGAUAAUGUAUUUUUAUCCCAGUUUACUUUCACUAGGUGAAAAACAACUCUGAACAAUUAUGUUACCGUAGCUACCUCAACUCUGAUUUUUUGUCUGUGCAUAUGUCUAAUGUCCACCCCCUCCCCCCUCCAAAGCUCCCUGCGUGCGUGACAACCUGGGGCUUAUUUGGGGUUUUAAUCAGUUUGGACGGGUACAUUUGUGUCUUUUGCGAUGUUUGCUUGAUAAGCCGUUAAAUCCUGUAGUUGUAUCAGUUAGUGGGGGCAAAAGCACCAAAUUAGAGGAGAUGUACUGCUAUAAUAUUGGAUACAGUUUGCACCAUGCAUGCGCUGUGCACGAGGCAGGCUUGAUGAUGAUGAUGACAAUGGUGAUGAUGAAGAUGAGACAGUGCAUUCCAGUCUCAGAUGGUCAACUUCUAUUUUAUUUCACUGACUCGCACAAUAGAGAGGGCCAUACAGUCAGCCAUAAACAUCCUGGCCAUAAUGGAACUGUCUUUAGGUCACCACAUAGCUACUAAGACUUGAACCCUCUCAAAAUCCCACUGCCAGCUGUUCACCUCUCCAGUCAUCUCGCUACCACAGCUAGUAGGCUACUCUGUCCUCAGUUUCCAUGUUUGUACCUACUUGUUUUGCAUUGUGUCUGGUCUGUGCUCCCAUGGAGAUAUGACCCAAAUCACCAAUCCCAAAACUAGUCCCUCCCCCUGUAGUUAAAAGACAGCUGGAUGGGUGUAGACAAUAGCAGCGUCCCCUAUACCAGCUGGCAGUAGCCUGGGGACCAGGUUACCUAAGGGCUAACCAUAUCCCUGAUAGCCAUCCAAUUCUUUCAGGUCUGCAGAAAGGUGUCGGUAAAUGCCUAUAAUUAGGGGUGAGGAAUCAGUUUGGGAUUGGGCAUAGGAUAUUACCACCUAUAACAGAUGGCCCAGUAUAGGCCUACUGCAGUGUUUCCCAAUUCUGGUCCUGGGGACCCCAAGGGGUGCACAUUUUUGUUUUUGCCCUAACACUGCAUUCAAAUAAUCAACUCAUAAUCAAGCUUUGAUUAUUUGAAUCAGGUCACUGUGUAGUGCUAGGGCAAAAACUAAAAUGUGCACCUCAUGGGGUCCAGGAUUGGGAAACACUGGCCUACAUGGUCUUCUUGGUCUCUAACCCACAAAACAGACAGGUGUGAUGAUGAUGUGUGCCAUGAUUGUUUCCUACAUACUCUUGUUGUUCAGGAUCUAAACAUAGAAGGCAGAUGAUGGUUCUUGGCAAUCUGGUUACCCAACAUUUUUUCCAGAGGAAGUCAGAAACAUUUCAGAUGGUCAAGGUCUCAUUUUGUGAUGGCCCCUCAAUAAUUUGGGUUGAUGAACUCAUGUUGGAAAGUGUUGGUCUAAGGUGAAAGUGGCACUCCAUUCUCCUUUUCAUAUCAUUUAACACCUGCGUUACUUGAAGUCCUACUCCAGUCUCCUUUUCAGCUAAUUUAUCAUGCAAUUUACUUUAAAAAAGGCACAUCUCAAUAGGUGGUUCAGGUAAGUCAUGACAUGGCACAAGUGGGGGGGGGGGGGGGGGGCUUUCCUCUUGUUCUUUAUUGCUGCUCUACUGUUCCUCAAGCAAGGGGGGAGGCCGAUGACAACUUCCCAUCAAACCAAAUCCUUGAAUGCCCUACUCCUUGAAUUUGUGUCUAAAAAACACUAUGUUGCUCAAAACAUAUUUUUUUACCCUUUAGUGUGUGUACUUUUCAAAAGUAAAAUAAAUCAAUGGAGGACGUCUUUAAGGUUAGGAUCGAUUGGGAAUGGAGUACUGAUAUUGUGACGGAUACUUCACAUGACAAAAAAGGAGGUAACUGUCACAGGUAUUGGUCACCGGAAAUACACAAUUAUUGUAUAUAUACACUGAACCAAAAUAUAAACGCAACAUGCAACAGUUUCAAAGAUUUUAUUGAGUUCAUAUAAGGAAAUCAGUCAAUUGAAAUAAAUUCAUUAGGCCCUAAUCUAUGGAUUUCAAAUGACUGGGAAUACAGAUACGCAUCUGUUGGUCACAGAUACCUUAAAAAAGGUACGAGUUGUGGAUCAGAAAACCAGUCAGUAUCUGGUGUGACCACCUGCCUCAUGCAGCGCAACACGUCUCCUUCGCAUAGAGUUGAUCAGGCUGUUGAUUGUGGCCUGGGGAAUGUUGUCCCACUCCUCUUCAAUGGCUGUUCGAAUUUGCUGGAUAUUGGCGGGAACUGGAACAAGCUGUCGUACACGUCGAUCCAGAGCAUCCCAAAUAUGCUCAAUGGGUGACAUGUCUGGUGAGUAUGCCGGCCAUGAAAGAACUGGGACAUUUUCAGCUUCCAGGAAUUGUGUACAGACCCUUGCGACAUGGGGCCAUGCAUUAUCAUGCUAAAACAUGAGGUGAUGGCGGCGGAUGAAUGGCACGACAAUGGGCCUCAGGAUCUCAUCACGGUAUUUCUGUGCAUUGAAAUUGCCAUCGAAAAAUGCAAUUGUGUUCAUUGUCUGUAGCUUAUGCCUGCCCAUAUCAUAAACCCACCGUCACCAUGGGGCACUCUGUUCACAACGUUGACGUCAGAAAACCGUUCGCCCACACGACACCAUACAUUUUCAAAUUCUCUAAAACGACGUUGGAACCGGCUUAUGGAAGAGAAAUGAACAUUCAAUUCCAAUUCAAUUCCAAUUGCACGCUCCCUCAAAACUUGAGACCUCUGUGGUAUUGUGUUGUGUGACUAAACUGCACAUAUAGUUGCCUUUUAUUGUCCCCCAGCAGAAGGUACACUUGUGUAAUGAUCAUGCUGUUUAAUCAGCUUCUUGAUAUGCCACACCGGUCAGCUGUGAGACAGCAGAAAUAUUUACACAUGUUAAGUUUGCUGAAAAUAAACGCAGUUGACAGUGAGAGGACGUUUCUUUCUUUGCUGAGUUUAAAAAUACAGUACCAGUCAAAAGUUUGGACACACCUACUCAUUGAAGGGUUUUUCUUCAUUUUUACUAUUUUCUAAAUUGUAAAAUAAUAGAGAAGACAUCACAACUAUGAAAUAACACAGUAGCCAAAAAAGUGUAAAACAAUGACCGGACAAUGACCCAAAACACACCUCCAGGCUGUGAAAUGGCUAUUUGACCAAGAAGGAGAGGGAUGGAGUGCUGCAUCAGAUGACCUGGCCUCCACAAUCACCCGACCUCAACCCAAUUGAGAUGGUUUGGGAUGACUUGGACUGCAGAGUGAAGGAAAAGCAGCCAACAAGUGCUCAGCAUAUGUGGGAACUCCUUCAAGACUGUUGGAAAAGCAUUCCUCAUGAAGAUGGUUCAGAGAAUGCCAAGAGUGUGCAAAGCUGUCAUCAAGGCAAAGGGUGUUUACUUUGAAGAAUCUCAAAUAUAAAAUAUAUUUUGAUUUGUUUAACACUUUUUUGGUUACUACAUGGUUCCAUAUGUGUUAUUUCAUAGUUAUGAUGUCUUCACUAUUAUUCUAAAAUGUAGAAAAUAGUAAAAAUAAUGAAAAACCCUUGAAUGAGUAGGAGUGUCCAAAUCUUUGACUGGUACUUUAUAUAUAUACAGUUGAAGUUGGAAGUUUACAUACACCUUAGCCAAAUACAUUUAAACUCAGUUUUUUUAAAAAUUCCUGACAUUUAAUCUUAGUAAACAUUCCCUGUCUUAGGUCAGUUAGGAUCACUUUAUUUUAAGAAUGUGAAAUGUCAGAAUAAUAGUAGAGAGAAUGAUUUAUUUCAGCUUUUAUUUCUUUCAUCACGUUCCCAGUGGGUCAGAAGUUUACAUACACUCAAUUAGUAUUUGGUAGCAUUGCCUUUAAAUUGUUUAACUUGGGUCAAAUGUUUCGGGUAGCCUUCCACAAGCUUCCCACAAUAAGUUGGGUGAAUUUUGGCCCAUUCCACCUGACAGAGCUGGUGUAACUGAGUCAGGUUUGUAGGCCUCCUUGCUCGCACACGCUUUUUCAGUUCGGCCCACACAUAUUCUAUAGGAUUGAGGUCAGGGCUUUGUGAUGGCCACUCCAAUACCUUGACUUUGUUGUCCUUAAGCCAUUUUGCCACAAUUUUGGAAGUAUGCUUGGGGUCAUUGUCCAUUUGGAAGACCCCCAUUUGCGACCAAGCUUUAACUUCCUGACUGAAGUCUUGAGAUGUUGCUUCAAUAUAUCCACAUAAUUUUCCUUGUUCAUGAUGCCAUCUAUUUUGUGAAGUGCACCAGUCCCUCCUGCAGCAAAGCACCACCACAGCAUGAUGCUGCCACCCCCGUGCUUCACGGUUGGGAUGGUGUUCUUCGGCUUGCAAGGCACCCCCUUUUUCCUCCAAACAUAACGAUGGUCAUUAUGGCCAAACAGUUCUGUUUUUGUUUCAUCAGACCAGAGAACAUUUCUCCAAAAAGUACGAUCUUUGUCUUCAUGUGCAGUUGCAAACCGUAGUCUGGCUUUUUUAUGGCGGUUUUGGAGCAGUGGCUUCCUCCUUGCUGAGCGGCCUUUCAGGUUAUGUCAAUAUAGGACUUGUUUUACUGUGAAUAUAGAUACGUUUGUACCUGUUUCCUCCAGCAUCUUCACAAGGUCCUUUGCUGUUGUUCUGGGAUUGAUUUGCACUUUUCGCACCAGAGUACGUUCAUCUCUAGGAGACAGAACGCGUCUCCUUCCUGAGCGGUAUGACGGCUGCGUGGUCCCAUGGUGUUUAUAGUUGCGUACUAUUGUUUGUACAGAUGAACGUGGUACUUUCAGGCGUUUUGAAAUUUCUCCCAAGGAUGAACCAGACUUGUGGAGGUAUCCCAUUUUUUUUCUGAGGUCUUGGCUGAUUUAUUUUCAUUUUUCCAUGAUGUCAAGCAAAGAGGCACUGAGUUUGAAGGUAGGCCUUGAAAUACAUCCACAGGUACACCUCCAAUUGACUCAAAUUAUGUCAAUUAGCCUAUCAGAAGCUUCUAAAGCCAUGACAUCAUUUUCUGGAAUUUUCCAAGCUGUUUAAAGGCACAGUCAACUUAGUGUAUGUAAACUUCUGACCCACUGGAAUUGUGAUACAGUGAAUUAUAAGUGAAAUAAUCUGUCUGUAAACAAUUUUUUGAAAAAUUACUUGUGUCAUGCACAAAGUAGAUGUCCUAACCGACUUGCCAAAACUAUAGUUUGUUAACAAGACAUUUGUGGAGUGGUUGAAAAACAAGUUUUAAUGACUCCAACCUAAGUGUAUGUAAACUUCCGACUUCAACUGUAUAUAGUAUGUCAUGUGAAGUAUUGGUCACAAUAUCAGUCCUCGCAUCCCCAAUCCUAACCUUAACCUUUGCAAACUACAGCUGUUUAGCUAGGCCUAUUCCAAUGACCUUUGCCAGCACAAACCAAUCCAAAGGCUUAUACUAGUAUAUGACCAUAAAACCCUUGGAAUAACAGUGACAUUCGCCAAGACCGGAAGCGAAGAAAGAACCCUCCAACAGAGUGGUCAGAUAGGCAUGAAAGCCCUAAUCACUGACACAGUGAUCUACCAGUUAACCAGUAUCUAAUCAGUAAGGUCCGGCCCUGACUCCCUGCAUUCUGCCACCAUGAUCAGCUUAAGGGGGUAUACCACAGUGAGUGAGAGGUGGUGGCCGACCGUUUGCUACUCAACCAAGCUAGCCCCCCUUUCACCGCACUGUGCAUGUGUGUGUGCUUGUGUGUGUGUGUGUGUGUGUGUGUGACCUUGACUGGUGAAGUCACAAGCCUAUUAGCCAGCAGUCUAUAAACUCUGAUGUUUGCCUCCCCUCACUCACCGUCACAUAGCUGUGCUUACUAAUCCUGCGCUUAUUCACUCUAUCUGUUGGGAUUGAACAGGUUCAUUUGACAAGCCACAAAUUAGAUAUUGUUAUAGAAAGGUGAUUGUUGGUUGGAUAACUAGGUGGGAUCUGUCUGUUUGACAGCAGGUGAUGUUGUGGGGGGUUAUUGGUAGUAGCUUAGGAUGGAUAAGGGAUAGCAGGGGAUAGGAGAGGGAUGGGAGUAGAGAGCAAACUGAACUGUCCCUAAUUGAGUUAAACUCUGGGAUUUGGGGAUUACCUUUGGCAAUUCAUCUUGUUACGUGUCUGUGCACAGUGAGGAGGACAGCAGAUGGAGGAGGGUUGGUGUGUGUGGGGGAUUAGUGAUGGACACAGUGGGCACAGGAAUGAGAGUUUCACUGUAUCUCGACACACUCACGCCAUGAACCAAGAGAGGACGGAGGGAGGGAGGGAAAGGAGGAGGGGGAGGAAGGGAGGGAGAACGACAUAGGGGGACAUGGAAGGGAGGAGAGAGAUAUUGAGAGUAACUGAUGAAAGAAAGGGGUGGUGAGAGGGAGGCAGGGGGUGAGGAGGGAGGCAUGGAGGGAGGGAGGGGAUAGGGGACACAGACGGGAGGAGAGCGAGCGAGUAGAUAGAGAGAGAAACUGAUGAGAGAAAGGGGUGGAGUGAGAGGGAGGCAGUGGGUGAGGAGGGGGAAGAAAGUCUCAAGAGGAGAGUGGGAUGAGUAGGAAGUUUAGUAUUGGAGGGGGGAAAGAGUGUAUAGGAAGUUGGGAGGUAAAGGGUGAGGGAGUAUGAGGAAACAGAGAGGAGAAAGAGAGAUAUGUUGAUGAGCUGGAUAAUGGAUUGCAAGGAAGGGGAACGCAGACUAAAAAAAUCAUAACGAGAGAAGGAGAGAGAGACAGAGAGGGAGAUUUUAUUUUAUUUAGGAUCCCCAUUAGCUGAAGCCAAUGGUGAAAGCUAGUCUUACUGGGGUCUGACACAUAAUGAAAAAGACAUUACAGACAAAAAUACUUUACAAUCUACAUACAUUUAAAACCAUUAACAUGUAGACAUUCCAGACGUGUGUGUGUGUGUUGUGUGUGUGUAUCUAUCAGUUACACAUACAUGUCAGUACAUACACACAACAAGUAGGCGAGACAGAUUGGAAGCCAAGGCAAAGCCUUAUCCCUUAGGCUUUGCUUUAAAUGAAGGGACAACACGAGAGCGAGAGAUGGUUGUCUUACAAUUGUAGGUUGAAUCAACCUCAAUGACAUUUUGUUGAGCAAACUCACAAUCCUAUCGCAGCUGGUUGCCUUACAAUUGAUUCAAACCUCAAUGUUGACUUGCAAAGUGAUGUGUAGUUCCUAUUGAAAUCCAGAGUGAGGAUAUCCAACAAUUGGAACGUUUAAUCACCUGCAACCUAUAUUGAGAAUGACUGCCAGUGUAAGGAAGAUUAAUUAUUGAGACUACCGAAAUCAUAUAAACUGGAACAGCCACCUCAGUGACGGGUGCAAAAAGUCCAACUACUGACAGAUUUAGAAAAAUUAUGUAAUCUAAGUGAAUAUGUUGUCAUUAAGAUACAAUUAUUUUAGACAAUAGGAUACGUAUUUCAUAAGGUUUUCUUCUGAAGACCUAGUUUUAUCCUAAUGAAGUGGCCUAUAAUUAAUAGUUUUCAGGCCACAUCAGGCAAAGUGAUGUGUAAUUCAUAUUGGAAUCCAGGCAGAGUGGGGAUAGCCAACAUUUAUUUUUAAAAUGUUGGCUAUUCAGAAUGACUGCCACGGUUGGGAAGACUAAGAUAUGAGACUACCUUAAACAUCUAAACAGGAACAACCAUUUCAGUAAUGGAUGCAAUAAGUCAUAGUAAGAGAUUAGAAUACUUUAGAAAAAUGUAUGUUAUUUAUAUUUGAGUAGCAUAAGAUUAAUUAAUGAAUCAAUGUUCAUGCAAAAUUGUACCUACAAUAGAGCAUGCUGGGAAAUAUGAUAAUAAUACCAACACUGGGGUUCCUUUACACCAAUGAGUGUUAAUUUAACUCUUGAAUCAACAUUAGAAAUGUUACACUGGAAAAUAAACAGUUAGUUAACACUAACCAAUUUGCUGUGAAUGGGACACAUCUGCAGGCUUCCACACAUUUCAAGAACCUUUUAGAAUUCUGAAGAACCGUAGAUGCCAGGUCAAGGACCCCACACUUAACUCAAAGGUUCUUUAAUGGGCAAACGUUCUCCAAGGAACCUUAAGAGCUGAGGAAGAACCAUUUAAGAACCUUCAUUUAUUUCAGUGUAUCGAACUCCCAACCUUCCAGUCUCAGGGCGGACACUCGAACCACAAGGCCACUGAGUUGGUUAGCCGCAACCCUAACCCUAUCCAGUUGACUUACUUACCAGGAUGUUUAGAAUUCAUGGCAUAUUAAAAUAUUUCUUACACUGCUCUAAAGUGAUUGCUCUUUUGUCUCCCCUGCCUUUUAUCUAAGCUGAGAUGCGAUUGGCCAGUGUGCAAGCGCGGGCCCGUCGGGCGGCUGAGGAGAGAGAUAAGCCGCCCCCAGGCCCCGCCCCUCCCUCCACCCACCACUCUGACCACCAGUUCAAGAACAUGAAGAGCAAGUUCUUCAACGAACUCACCCACAUGCCAAGUGAGCCCUGAACACAAUGAACGCACACACACACACACACACUCAUUCUGUGUGUGUCAUUUCAUUUCACAUAAUGUCCUCUCAUAAUUUCUUCUCUUUCAUUUCAUCCCCUGCUUUUCCUCCACUUACCACAGAUCAUAAACUCAAAAGUAAGUUAAUAUUGUCUACACAAGGCCUAUGUAUGGUGUUAUACACUAAGUGUACAAAACAUUAAGGACACCUGUUCUUUCCAUGACAUAGACUGUCCAGGUGAAUCCAGGUGACAGCUAUGAUCCCUUUGAAUGUUUGUAAGUUUUACAAAGGCUUUAUAUAAUGUAUAGUCUGUAUUCCCCUGACUGUUGUUAUUUUUUAUUUUUUUAUUUUUUAUUUUAUUUUUGGGGGGGUAGAUCAGCUUAAUAUUGCAGAUAGAUUGUAACUUCCAUCAAUGUAAUUGUCUACAUCACUUCCAAUCCCCCAUGUUUUUUAUAUAUAUACUCCCCUUUAUUACUUUUCAACCCCGCCAUCCUCUCCCUACUUGGGGUAAAUUAGUGAACAACAAUGCUUAGGCCUCUACUUCCAGCUUAUACUUACUAUCUACAUUUUAUGACUGUUGUUUGUAAUGUUUGGAUACUCUAUAGUAUACUCUGUUUGUUUUUCUAUAUUGUAUAUUUUGAAUUGCUUUACAAAAAAAAUAAAAUAAGCCAUGAUCCCUUAUUGAUGUCACUUGUUAAAUCCACUUCAAUCAGUGUAGAUGAAGGGGAGGAGACAGGUUAAAGAAGGAUUUUUAAGCCUUGAGCCAAUUGAGACAUGGAUUGUGUAUGUGUGCCAUUCAGAGGGUGAAUGGGCAAGACAAAAUAUUUAAGUGCCUUUGAAUGUGGUAUGGUAGUAGGUGCCAGGCGCACCGGUUUGUGUCAAGAACUGCAACGCUGCUGGGUUUUUCAUGCUUAUCGACAAUGGUCCACCACCCAAAGGACAUCCAGCCAACUUGACACAACUGUUGGAAGCAUUGGAGUCAACAUGGCCCAGCAUCCUUCUGGAAUGUCUUCGACACCUUGUAGAGUCCAUGCCCCGAAUAAUUGAGCCUGUUCUGAAGGCAAAAAGGGGUGGGGGGGUGGGUUGCAACUCAAUAUCAGGAAGGUGUCCUUAAUGUUUUGUACACUCAGUGUAUACAGUUUGGGAAAAAAGUAUUUAGUCAACCACCAAUUGUGCAAGUUCUCCCACUUAAAAAGAUGAGAGAGGCCUGUAAUUUUCAUCAUAGGUACACGUCAACUAUGACAGACAAAAUGAGAAAUAAAAAUCCAGAAAAUCACAUUGUAGGAUUUUUAAUGAAUUUAUUUGCAAAUUAUGGUGGAAAAUAAGUAUUUGGUCAAUAACAAAAGUUUCUCAAUACUUUGUUAUAUACCCUUUGUUGGCAAUGACACAGGUCAAAGGUUUUCUGUAAGUCUUCACAAGGUUUUCACACACUGUUGCUGGUAUUUUGGCCCAUUCCUCCAUGCAGAUCUCCUCUAGAGCAGUGAUGUUUUGGGGCUGUCGCUGGGCAACACGGACUUUCAACUCCCUCCAAAGAUUUUCUAUGGGGUUGAGAUCUGGAGACUGGCUAGGCCACUCCAGGACCUUGAAAUGCUUCUUACGAAGCCACUCCUUCGUUGCCCGGGCGGUGUGUUUGGGAUCAUUGUCAUGCUGAAAGAUGUUUCAUCUUCAAUGCCCUUGCUGAUGGAAGGAGGUUUUCACUCAAAAUCUCACGAUACAUGGCCCCAUUCAUUAUUUCCUUUACACGGAUCAGUCGUCCUGGUCCCUUUGCAGAAAAACAGCCCCAAAGCAUGAUGUUUCCACCCCCAUGCUUUACAGUAGGUAUGGUGUUCUUUGGAUGCAACUCAGCAUUCUUUGUCCUCCAAACACGACGAGUUGAGUUUUUACCAAAAAGUUAUAUUUUGGUUUCAUCUGACCAUAUGACAUUCUCCCAAUCCUCUUCUGGAUCAUCCAAAUGCACUCUAGCAAACGUCAGACGGGCCUGGACAUGUACUGGCUUAAGCAGGGGGACACGUCUGUCACUGCAGGAUUUGAGUCCCUGGCGGCGUAGUGUGUUACUGAUGGUAGGCUUUGUUACUUUGGUCCCAGCUCUCUGCAGGUCAUUGACUAGGUCCCCCCGUGUGGUUCUGGGAUUUUUGCUCACCGUUCUUGUGAUCAUUUUGACCCAACGGGGUGAGAUCUUGCGUGGAGCCCCAGAUCGAGGGAGAUUAUCAGUGGUCUUGUAUGUCUUCCAUUUCCUAAUAAUUGCUCCCACAGUUGAUUUCUUCAAACCAAGCUGCUUACCUAUUGCAGAUUCAGUCUUCCCAGCCUGGUGCAGGUCUACAAUUUUGUUUCUGGUGUCCUUUGACAGCUCUUUGGUCUUGGCCAUAGUGGAGUUUGGAGUGUGACUGUUUGAGGUUGUGGACAGGUGUCUUUUAUACUGAUAACAAGUUCAAACAGGUGCCAUUAAUACAGGUAACGAGUGGCGGACAGAGGAGCCUCUUAAAGAAGAAGUUACAGGUCUGUGAGAGCCAGAUAUCUUGCUUGUUUGUAGGUGACCAAAUACUUAUUUUCACCAUAAUUUGCAAAUAAAUUCAUAAAAAAUCCUACAAUAUGAUUUUCUGGAUUCUUUUUUCUAAAUUUGUCUGUCAUAGUUGACGUGUACCUAUGAUGAAAAUUACAGGCCUCUCUCAUCUUUUUAAGUGGGAGAACUUGCACAAUUGGUGGCUGACUAAAUACUUUUUUCCCCCACUGUAUGUCAUAACGCUACAUAGACCUAUGUAUGUUGUAUAAUCGAUGUCAUAAGGCUACAUAAGUAUUGUAUGUAUGUUAUAUGUAUGUUGUUAUGUAUGUUGUAUUAUAGAUGUCAUAAGGCUACAUAAGGCCUAUGUCUGUCUCUCCCCCAGUGCCCAUGUGGGCAAUAGGAGCCAUAGUGGUGGUGGUGCUGGCUCUGGUGGCCUGUCUAGGUUUCUGUAUCUGGAAGAAGUGCAUCAACAAGGGCAAGAAGCCCAAGAAAGUACGCGAGAGGAAAGGAGGCCGAGGCAGAAGAAAGAAGGAGGGAGCCGGAGAAGGAGAGGAGGGCAAGGUGUGAGGAAACGGAGGGAGGGCAAUAUAGUGGGUGGUGUAAUGGGUUCAAGUACCUGGUUUUCAAAUUAUCUGAAGUGAUUUCCAGAUGUAGUGACAGUAUCUGUGUGACGGGAGAGACUAAUGCAGUGGCUGUGUAAUGAUACCUGUGAUUAAUGAUUGAUGUGAUGUUCUCUGUCAUGAAGGAAGGAGAGGGUAAGGAAGGAGAGGAGGAAGAAAAAGAGAAUUUCGGAAAACUGGAGUUCACCCUGGACUACAACUUCACUGACAACCAGGUGUGUGUGUGUGUGUGUAUCCGUGUGUGCGUUCGUGUGCAUGCGUUCGUGUGCGUGUGUGUGUCUUGUCCUCCCUGGCAUUUUACCUUCUGGAUGUGAAGUGUCUGACUAUUGACAUGUCUAAAGGCUCUCUGACCUCUGCUCUUUGUCUGCUCAGAUCUCAGCUUUAACCUCUGACCUCUUAUUUUUGUCUUCAGUGACCUAUGACCUUUAAGCUGUGACCUUUACAGGGGACAUUUCCUAUCUGCUAAACCGCUCUUGCCGUGCGCAACAUACCUGAGAUUUUACCAAACACAAACGUAACACUACUUCAUCCCAAAAAUUAUUUUGGAGUGCUGCUGCAGUACACAUCUAAUUUGUCACAUAUAUGCAAUGUUUACCGGGAUUCAAUUCAAGCCGCAUAAUAGCACAGUGCACUUCAACUGACUUUUAAAUGUAAUUUCCGAUUGAGACGUCAUUUGUUGCGUUUAUCGUUCCCUUUAAAAGCUGCAUCGCAAUAGCCCUAUAUGGAUUGAUUCCCGGCCUAAAUCCGCCUAAAUUAUCACUGCGUUCAGUUCUUACGGACAUUGUUAAAAAUAUUUUGAAGGCCAUUGCUUACCUCUGACCUUUUCCCCCUCUCUGCCCCCUCUUCCAGCUGAUCGUGGGCAUCCUGCAGGCUGAGAACCUGCCAGCCAUGGACAUGGGCGGCACCUCGGACCCCUAUGUCAAAGUCUACAUGCUGCCAGACAAGAAGAAGAAGUUUGAGACCAAAGUCCAGCGCAAGAACCUCUGCCCUGUGUUCAACGAGACCUUCAUCUUCAAGGUCAGUCUGUGGUGCUGGAGAACAGAUGGCGAUAGUGAGAUGUGGUAUUCAUUCAUGUGUAUAUGUAAAUCCCUUAGAAAAGCUCUUACAGUACUGAGGUUUCUGUAGUCAAUAAUUCUCAGUCCUGACCGUCUCCUCCCUGUUCUGUGUGUCCCUCCACAGAUCCCCUACCAGGAGCUGGGCGGUCAGACUCUGGUCCUGCAGGUCUUUGACUUUGAUCGCUUUGGUAAACACGACGUGAUUGGACAGAUCUCCAUCUCUAUGAACAGUGUGGACCUGGCUCAGCCACUCCACGAAUGGAGGGAUCUGGUUGGAGGAGAGAAAGAGGAGGUGAGGAAGGAUGAAUACAGUCUGUUUGGGUUUUGGGUGCAUGUUUUUUUUACAUCUACCUGUCUGUGUCUGUCUGUCUGUCUCUGUAUAUCAACCUAUAUCGAACUGUGUGUUUGUCUGGUCACAGGUAGAGAAGCUAGGGGACAUCUGUAUCUCUCUGCGCUACGUCCCCACGGCCGGUAAAUUGACCAUCAACAUCAUGGAGGCCAAGCACCUGAAGGCGAUGGACUGUGGAGGCUUGUCAGGUGACCCUCUAUUAGUCCUUACACUCUCCUAGUCAAUAUUAGCCAUGCUGUGGUGGUACACUCUCCUAGUCAAUACUAGCCAUGCUGUGGCGGUACACUCUCCUAGUCAAUACUAGCCAUGCUGUGGCGUUACACUCUCCUAGUCAAUACUAGCCAUGCUGUGAUAUUACACUCUCCUAGUCAUUACUAGCCAUGCUGUGAUAUUACACUCUCCUAGUCAAUACUAGCCAUGCUGUGGCGGUACACUCUCCUAGUCAAUACUAGCCAUGCUGUGGCGGUACACUCUCCUAGUCAAUACUAGCCAUGCUGUGGCGGUACACUCUCCUAGUCAAUACUAGCCAUGCUGUGAUAUUACACUCUCCUAGUCAAUACUAGCCAUGCUGUGGCGGUACACUCUCCUAGUCAAUACUAGCCAUGCUGUGGCGUUACACUCUCCUAGUCAAUACUAGCCAUGCUGUGAUAUUACACUCUCCUAGUCAUUACUAGCCAUGCUGUGAUAUUACACUCUCCUAGUCAAUACUAGCCAUGCUGUGAUAUUACACUCUCCUAGUCAAUACUAGCCAUGCUGUGAUAUUACACUCUCCUAGUCAAUACUAGCCAUGCUGUGAUAUUACACUCUCCUAGGCAAUAUUAGCCAUGCUGUGGUGGUACACUCUCCUAGUCAAUACUAGCCAUGCUGUGGCGUUACACUCUCCUAGUCAAUACUAGCCAUGCUGUGAUAUUACACUCUCCUAGUCAAUACUAGCCAUGCUGUGGCAGUACACUCUCCUAGUCAAUACUAGCCAUGCUGUGGCGGUACACUCUCCUAGUCAUUACUAGCCAUGCUGUGAUAUUACACUCUCCUAGUCAAUACUAGCCAUGCUGUGGCGGUACACUCUCCUAGUCAUUACUAGCCAUGCUGUGAUAUUACACUCUCCUAGUCAAUACUAGCCAUGCUGUGAUAUUACACUCUCCUAGUCAAUACUAGCCAUGCUGUGAUAUUACACUCUCCUAGUCAAUACUAGCCAUGCUGUGAUAUUACACUCUCCUAGUCAAUACUAGCCAUGCUGUGGCGGUACACUCUCCUAGUCAAUACUAGCCAUGCUGUGAUAUUACACUCUCCUAGUCAAUACUAGCCAUGCUGUGAUAUUACACUCUCCUAGUCAAUACUAGCCAUGCUGUGAUAUUACACUCUCCUAGUCAAUACUAGCCAUGCUGUGAUAUUACACUCUCCUAGUCAAUACUAGCCAUGCUGUGAUAUUACACUCUCCUAGUCAAUACUAGCCAUGCUGUGGCGGUACACUCUCCUAGUCAAUACUAGCCAUGCUGUGGCGGUACACUCUCCUAGUCAAUACUAGCCAUGCUGUGGCGGUACACUCUCCUAGUCAAUACUAGCCAUGCUGUGAUAUUACACUCUCCUAGUCAAUACUAGCCAUGCUGUGGCGGUACACUUUCCUAGUCAAUACUAGCCAUGCUGUGAUAUUACACUCUCCUAGUCAAUACUAGCCAUGCUGUGAUAUUACACUCUCCUAGUCAAUACUAGCCAUGCUGUGGCGGUACACUCUCCUAGUCAAUACUAGCCAUGCUGUGGCGGUACACUCUCCUAGUCAAUACUAGCCAUGCUGUGGCGGUACACUCUCCUAGUCAAUACUAGCCAUGCUGUGAUAUUACACUCUCCUAGUCAAUACUAGCCAUGCUGUGAUAUUACACUCUCCUAGUCAAUACUAGCCAUGCUGUGGCGGUACACUCUCCUAGUCAAUAGUAGCCAUGCUGUGACCUAUUAAUGACAUAAGGUUGCCAACAUUUUAUAAUAAUAAUAAUAAUAGGUCAUUUAGCAGACGCUCUUAUCCAGAGCGACUUACAGGAGCAAUUAGGGUUAAGUGCCUUGCUCAAGGGCACAUCGACAGAUUUUUCACCUAGUGGGCUCGGGGAUUAGAACCAGCGACCUUUCGGUUACUGGCACAACGCUCUUAACCACUAAGCUACCUGCCGCCCAUGAAGUAAUUAAAACUAAUUAAAACUUAAACCACUGGGAAGCAUUACGGCAUUGCAGACGGUACACACUAAUUUACUGCACAAUCAUUCGUCCUAAAUGUUCUUCAUCGAAGUGGCUCACACUCUGUUUGACCUCUGUUUUCUGUAACUAACAUUCCUCUCUACCCCAUGUCUUCUCCGACCAGAUCCCUUUGUUAAAGUGGUGCUGCAGUACCAAGGCAAGCGGCUGAAGAAGAAGAAGACGACAGUCAAACAGAACACUCUGAACCCCUACUUCAACGAAAGCUUCAGCUUCGAGAUCCCAUUCGGACAAAUACAGGUGUGUACACCAAACUUCCCAUAAGACAUCUUGGGGUCGUGAUAACGGGUUUUCCUGUGGAUCGGGCGACCUGUGUUUGAGGACUCUCCCGUCUUUUCUCUAGAACAUUGCACUCUCCCGCCAUUUCCUACUGUAUGUUGAACAGCACUGUACAUGUGGUGGUAUUUUGGUUUCAGCUGACUAUUUUAACUUGACGCUUUUUUCACUCUUCCCUUUCCUCUUGCAGAAAGUCCAAGUGUUGAUCACGGUGUACGAUUACGACAAGCUGGGCAGCAACGACGCCAUCGGGAAGGUUUGGAUCGGCUUCGGCGCCUCAGGGGUGGGCCUCCGCCAUUGGUCAGACAUGCUGGCCAAUCCAAGACGUCCCGUGGCCCAGUGGCACGCCCUGUGUCCUGAGGAGGAGGUGGAUGAGGCCCUGAAGAAACCCAUCCGCUAAAAGCACACACACACAUACACACACCCACACACACAGCCACAGAACAUUCCUGUACAUGUUAAAACAAACAACAUAAGACCUGAAAACUAAACAACAGUGGAUAAGCUCCACCCGAAGACCACAAUAGUGCUGAUCAUGACACAACACACUACUCACAUAGAAACUCCAAGAAAGCAAAAUGUAACUACCGCCAAAACACUACAACCCACCUGUACAUCGCUGCAGUGCUGGAAUAACAUUUCUGAUAUGUUCUUUCUGCACUCUCUCCUUCUUUAUUAUUCAUUUUUGGCCUAUUGACUAAUUGUACUGUACGUUUUUACUAUUGUGUCCAUUUUGAUGUUAAGUUAUGAGUAUGGCUGACUGUUUUGUGCUUUUUUUGUGUGAGAGAAGGCAGUAUUGUGUGUAUGAACGUGUAUUCUUGUUAAACCGUAGUACGUGAAAGCUUUCUCUGUUUUACCUCCUGAAUGUAGUAAUGUGAGUGGUUGUAAAUAGCUAAAUAAAUAAUUUAAAAAAUUACCAGAUAGAUGGUC